GAAUGGGCUGGGACUGGACACAUUCUACACACCUUUUCCAUUUGCUAAUUAGGCCCUGCCUCUCUGGGACAGAAGAUUCCCUAGCUGGCUGGGGAAGGGUAUCACACUGGAACCUGGGUCCGCCAUGAAGCUGCUCCAAGGGACUUUCCUCUUCCUUUCUAUAUGCAACCUCUGCCAUACUCAAGAAAACCAGGCGCGGGAGCAUUUUACCCACAAUAAAUCUUCUUUCAGAACUGAGUCAGUCCUCUCAAAUUCAACUGCUGCUUUAUCAAGUCCUACAAGCAUUGCGACAGUGACUACACUAUCCUCACCUACAAUACUUACAUCUCCAUCUCCAUCAAUUGGGAACAAUGAAACUAUUCAAACUUCAGUAAAUACUCAGGAAAAACAGGACACCACAGUGACUACAUUAACAACAUCAGUAGGAUCAUCACUGUCAAGCUUAAUAAAUCCCACUCUCACUGGAACAGUCAAAGAAUCAUUAUCAACAACUGUGAUUUCUAUAAAGUCUUCAUCUAGCUCAGCUGUGGUAAAGACAGCAAAAGAAACAACCCAAAAUGAGAGCUCAAGUGUUUUCAGCACUGCAAACCCUCAAGAUUUCGAUCAACAAUUUAAGAGUACUGUGUUGACUACGCAAAGCAGCCAGAAGAGCAAUCACAUUUUGACAUCAUCAACAAAAAAGCCAGAAAAUACUUUGGGAAUGAUUACCACACCCUAUAUCAAGGACCAGGGAAGCACCAAAGACUCUAGCAACACAAGCUCAUUUGUGACCAACUCCUCUUAUUCCAGUGUGAUUUUGCCAGUUGUUAUUGCUCUGAUAGCAAUAACACUCUCAGUAUUUACUCUAGUGGGACUAUACAGAAUGUGCUGGAAAACAGAUCCAGGUACACCAGACAAUGGAACUGACCAGCCCCAAUCAGAUAAAGAAAGUGUUAAACUUCUCACUGUCAAGACAAUAUCUCCUGAGAUCAGUGAGCAGUCUGCUCAAGGAAAAAAUAAAAACUGACAAGCUGAUGAGUCUUCUCCACACCUGGGCCAAUAAAAAUGUGUGAAAAAGCACAUUGCUAUAUGUGACAGCAGUUUCCUUUGAAGAGCAAGUUUCAGUUAAGGACUGUUUAUUCUAAGGACUGCCAUAUCACAGGCUGAUGAACCAACUUACUGUAUUCCUACACUAUAUCUUUUCAACUUGAAAAUAUUUACACUUUUCAGCCUUGGAGAUGUUUGUUAUCUCAAUGGCUUUUUAUUAUCUGGUGUUCAUAUUUAUUUUUUCUUUAUAUGUUAAAGCAGAACCUUGCAAAUCUGUUUAAAAUAUACUAUUGUCCCUUUGUAUAUAGAAGUGUUUUAUGCAGUUUUUUCACAUGCCAGAAACCUACUCUUUUUUUGCAUACCUGAAUAUGUAUAUAUCCUUUUAUUGUGCUUUUAAUAGGUAAUGAUUUUUUUUUCAAAAUGCUUAAAGGCAAUAUGAAUGUAGAGGUAGCAAUUAUGUAUUUUCUUAAGAAAUAUGUGUAUUUCCCUGUUAUAUCUUAACAAUAUAUUAAUUUUGGGACACUCAGCAAUGGAGUUCAGUAGUGAAACAAGGAAGAACAAAUUCAUCUCAGUACAAUAUCCGUUCAUUUUUAAUUCCCCAUAUGACUAGGAUUUGAUACUUCUUGGACUAUAUUCAUCAAAGGGAUAAAAGCCUAUAUUUGUCAUUAAUCUAUUCAUUCUAUGCCCUUUACAUGUAUUUAACUCUUUUAGAAUUUAGGAAAUUUUCCAGUGGCCAUUGUUGAAUUUUCCUGAUUAUUAGAAAAUGGACAUUUUAUAAGUAUAAAUUGAGUUAUCAUCAGUCAGUGUACUACUUUCUUGGAAACAGAAUAUAGUGCUAGAUGUCAGCCCAAUUGGAAAAAAGAUCAUCUCUGGAGAGCUUCUUUCUCAAUCCUGUUUCUGUGUGCUAUUUUUCCUCCAUGCACAGACAUCCCAAAAGUAAAUCAGAAGAGGUUUUAUAAGACACUUAGGCACUGAUAAGCAUGUCAAAGUUAGCACUUUAGUUUUUUGAUUAUCUAAACAAAAUUUUAUUCAUAGUUAUUUGAGGAACUCAAGGUCAAUAUAUAAAAUGCAAACUAGUAUAUUUCUUUAAUGUUUUUCCCUCUUUCUCUUGAUAAUGGUGAGUUUGAAGAGAUUUACUUCUGAAGUAAAUAGAUCAUAUUUUUUCCAGCUUCCCAAUGACAGAAAAUUUUCUAAUAUAAAUUCAAGCAUUUACCACAACCCUACCAUUCAUAUUUCUCUACUUACUUAUUUAGAAAGAAGAGGAAGAGAAGGGAAUGAUCAUAAGCAUUAUAUAUUCAAAGCUCUAAGGGACCUUUGAGUUCACCUAGUCCAACUUCCUCAUUAUAUAGAUGAGGAAACUGAGGCCCAGAAAACUUAAAUGGUUUGUUCAAGGGUCACACAAAUACUAUACCAUCUGUGCCAGGAUUUAAACCUGUGUUCCUGACUUCAAACCCAUUGCAUGCCACAGACUUUCAGAGAUUGGCAAAAGGGAUGUGAGAUACAGAAAAAUGAAGGAGGGAAGAGAAAUUCUCCUCUGAAAACAGUCUUCAAAAUGUUGCACUUGAAUGUAAUCCUAAUAGCCUUGAAAGGCUUAUACAAUCCAAAGAAAAAAGCCAGCACCUCCACACAUAGGUAGUCAAUGUCAUUCUAAGCUACUCAAUGGCUACUAUUCUCCUUGGUUAGAAAUUUGAAGAAAAGGAAGUUCCUCUUUUCCUCAAGUGAUACCACUCAACCUGAGUGAAAUCUCAGUAGUUUAGCAUAUCUUCCAGCCAGUUACCUCCCGCAAUGAACAAGGCACAAUGGUAGCUAAAGGAGAGCUUAUGAUAGACAAAUGUUCCUUUUGGAGGUUCUCCUGAGUUAUCCAAAUCAAAUUCUGUAUUAAAUGAGAGAUUUCAUCAUUAAGCAAAAACUUUUUAAAAGUAUUAUCUUUAUGAGUAGAAUCUUUGAAAAGGCAAAUGGUUACAAUGAAGGCUACUCAUCAGCAUGGGUAGAAUUGUGUACAAAUAUUCAAAAAUCACCUUGUUAUAGAUGACUUUAUCAAAGAUCAUAGGAUCAAAGAUUUAGAUUUAGACGGUAAGUUCCUUGAGAUCAGGGACUGUCUUUACUUUUCUUUGUAUCCAUAGUGCUUAGCAUAAUGUGUUGCAUAUAGUAAGUGCUUAACAAUUACUUGUUGAUGAAACUGGAAGAGAUCUUAUAAAAGCCUUGUAUUCCAACACCCUCAUUUUACAGAUUAGGAAAUUGAGGUUUAAGAAAGUUAAAUUAUUUAAUUAAGGUCAUACUGGAAUCUAAUUUGGGAUCUGUGACUCUAAUUUCAAUAUUUCUUCCUCUGUACCGUUAUUUAAUCUGCUCCAUAAAGUAGUCUGCCAGUUCUGUCGUUAGAUAGAUGAUAAUUAGAUUUCCCAAUUAGCUAGUUUGCAAUAUCUUUUUUUCUCUAUCUUACCUACAGUUCUAUUUUCAUUUAUAAAUAAGUUUGUGUCAUAAAUUAGAAGAAAUGCUGUAUUCUUCAAAUUCUUCAAAGAAUUGGAUCAAAGGUUAGGGUUCCACUGCUGUGAUUAGGCAUGGCCAAAUGAAUAGAAUUUAAAUUUCUCAAUAGUGAAAACAUAAACAAAAGCUAAUUAGCUGGUGCUAUUGUCAUCUGAAAAUAAAUGGAUGUUGUUGGCUGGCAAAUAGGAUAUAAAUUAGCUAGUGGAGAGAGAUUUACAAAUCCCUAUCCCUCUGCUAAAAUGCUAUGUCACACAACAUAGUCUAAGUCUUCCUGCCAGAGGAGUAAUUGUGUGAGCUGUUCCUAGUCCUGAUGUACAUUCAAGUUCCAUGAGUUCAAUAAAGGCCAUAGUAAGAAAUAUUGACAUUUAGCCCUGUAACUUUGGUCUAUUUCUUUCCAUUAGACUCAAAUACUCAAAUCAAUGGUCUUUUUGCAAUGCAGGUGGCAACACAUUCCUUUCCGUGUGACUCUCCUACAUGUUCUUUCUGUUGAAAUAUAAACAGGGCCUGGAAUCCCUGAGGCCAUUUUAGACUUACAUCAUCCAGUGUUUUAAGUAAAAUUAGGGCAUAGUCUAUCUGACAUGUUUUGAUUGAUCAUAUUCUCCGUACCAUAAACAUGCAUCAUCAUUACUUAUUAUUACAGUUAGUAAUCAUCAUGAUUAAUUAAACAAUAAUAUCUAAUACCAAGUAUAUGCCAGGUUUUUGUCACUACUUCUCAGUCUCCUCCUCCCAAAAGGGAAGAGACCAUAAGUGGUUCUGUUCUUCAAAGAAGGAAAUGCUCUGACCAUACUAUAAUGUUCCCUCUUUUUAUUGUUGGGGAUCAUUCCUGUAGAAAAGCUCAGUGUAAAUCUGAACAUCCUUCUAACAUCAAUUGCUGUCAUUAAUCUCAGGAACAUUAUGUAAGUGCCAUUGAGGACAUUGAGAAAUUUUGGUAUGAAGAAUUUAUAUUUGUUUAAGUGUCCUUGACACCUAAGCAGUAUUUUCCACAAAAGUCAUAUACCAAUACUUCAUCAUGGCAUAGUGGGUGCUGGAUUUGGAGUCAGGAAUGUCUGGAUUCAAAUUAAAACACUGAGAAUGAUUUAAAGUUCAAUGUGAAUGUCAAGUUUUUUGGUUUGGGUUUUUUGUUUUGUUUUUGCUGAGGCAAUUGGAGUUAAGUGACUUGCCCAGGGUCACACAUCUAGGACAUCUUAAGUGUCGGAGAUCAGAUUUGAACUCAGGUCUUCCUGACUUCAGCGUUGGUGCUCUAUUCACUUUGCCACCUAGCUGCCCUGAAUGUCAGUUAUUAAUAGUAGUAAGACUAUUUUGACUGUAAAAUAUGUGUUCUGACCAGAUACUACAAAGCUAGAAAAACCUCUAGUGGACAAUGUCAACACCUAAUGAUGAGCCUUACCAAAUUUAGUAGUGCAGACAACUCUCCAUCAUAAGGCUCAUAUCCACCAGCCAGAUAUUGAAUAACAUGACAGGGCCCUAGGACACACCUCUAGUGGCUACUAAUUAAUGAUUUCUAUUCUUCAGGGACUCAAUCCUUACUACAUGUCCAAAUUUCUGGUUCCAUUCCCUUUAUAGCUUGUGUGACUAUAUGAUUCCCUUCCCUCAAUAUAAACAUACUCCAGUUGCUCACAAAUACUUUGAGACCAAAUGUUCAUUUGUCUGGAGCCUUUUUUGAACAGACAUCAGAAUCUCUUUGGUUAUUUUGGCAAUAUGCUAGCAGCAUGAUUUCUCCUUCUGAUACCUUGUUACAGUCUAAUAAUAUUCUGUGUGUUUAAAUUAUAAAUGCAUGCAUUGUAUAGGAUUUGCAAGAUUUUGCUUGGCAAUAAAACCAAAUCAUGGGAUAGAAUAUUUAAUAGUAAA